GGGGCCCCGGGCCAGCCCGCGCACCUGCGUGGGGGAGGCGGCGAGGUCCCCGGGAGGAAGGGAUGGCUUUGGCGUCCCCGCAGUCCGCUUUGCACGUAAAGAAUGCAGCCAUCUGGCGGCUUGUGGUCCCUGGACUUGCCCCGAAGGUGGGAAGGAAGCCGUUCGGAUUGGACCGAGGGUUCAGUCCUCGCUGGAGGGAGGCGGGAGGCUGAGCAGGGGCUCACGGAGCGGCGGUCUCCGAGAACAAAGAAUUCCAGAGCACCCACAAAUCGUAAUCUCGCCCGAAGUGCUAGAACAAGAUGCUAGAAACACGGGUUGGAAUUGGGCAGAGAUCAGACACCUUUUUAAAAAGGUGUUCUUGAGCACCACUGGCACCACGGUCCUGACAGUAUUUCAUGACAAUGGACGGUGACAGUUCUACCACAGACGCUUCUCAACUGGGAAUUUCUGCAGACUACAUUGGAGGGAGCCACUACGUGAUACAGCCUCACGAUGAUACUGAGGACAGCAUGAAUGAUCAUGAAGACACAAAUGGUUCAAAAGAAAGUUUCCGAGAACAAGAUAUAUAUCUUCCAAUUGCAAAUGUGGCUAGGAUAAUGAAGAAUGCCAUACCUCAAACAGGAAAGAUUGCAAAAGAUGCCAAAGAAUGUGUUCAAGAAUGUGUGAGUGAGUUCAUUAGCUUUAUAACAUCUGAAGCAAGUGAAAGGUGCCAUCAAGAAAAACGGAAGACAAUCAAUGGAGAAGACAUUCUCUUUGCCAUGUCCACCUUGGGCUUUGACAGUUAUGUGGAACCUCUGAAAUUGUACCUUCAGAAAUUCAGAGAGGCUAUGAAAGGAGAGAAAGGAAUUGGUGGAGCAGUCACAGCUACAGAUGGACUAAGUGAAGAGCUUACAGAGGAGGCAUUCACUAACCAGUUACCAGCUGGCUUAAUAACUGCAGAUGGUCAACAACAAAAUGUUAUGGUUUAUACAACAUCAUAUCAACAGAUUUCUGGUGUUCAACAAAUUCAGUUUUCAUGAUCUGAAGAAAUGAUGGGAUGGAAGUGUAGAGAAGCAAGAGUGUGAUUCUGGAACAGAGACAUCAGAAAAUGACUGGUGAAAAAAUGUCUCUUUGUACAUUAAAUAGCUGUAAUGUAGCUUCCUGAUGCUUGACUAAUUGAGGUGUUAAUUCUGACUUGAGAAUCUUUUUCAUGAAUGAUUUUAAAAAAAAUUUGGAUUUUAAAGGUAUUAAAAUAUUUUUGUUUUGUACGAGAGUUUGUUGCUCUGUAUGACUCCUGUAUGCAUUGUAUAUUGCAAUUUAUUACUGUCAGAGAUUUGUAGACAGUUUCUUAUUUUCAUAUUGAAUCAUGUUACUUUUGUAAUUCAAAUAAGCAGCUGGGUUAAUUCAUGAUGUUUGCCCUUUUAAUAAAAUACAAGGGUAGAGUU